AUGGGCUUCCGACUUCGACCCCCAAAGCAGAAUCAAAGGGUGCUCCCCGUAAAGCCUCCAAAAGGACAUUUCUUUUUUGCAGGCAGGGAGUUUGCUCGACUUCCCUGGUGGAAGCGACGGAACAUGCGCACACUUUACAUUUUCAUUGUCAUCCUGAUUCUCACCAAUACGGCAAAUGGCUUCGAUGGCUCGAUGAUGAAUGGACUUCAGACCCUGUCAUAUUGGCAGAAUUACUUCAACCAUCCCCGUGGCUCCAUCCUCGGACUCUUCAAUGCCUCUAUGAGUCUCGGCUCUUUAAUCGGUCUGUUCAUCGUCCCAUACCUGAUCGACUGGGCAGGCCGAAAGAUCGGGUUGGUCAUUGGUUGUCUGAUUAUGUUGCUCGCAGUCGGCCUGCAGUCCGGUGCCAGGAAUUUCGGCAUGUUUGUCGCUGCCCGCAUUAUCCUGGGCUUUGGAGACUGUAUCGUUCUGGGAAGCGCGCCUCUUUUGAUUGCCGAGAUCGCUCAUCCCCAAGAUCGGGCCAUCCUUGUCACUCCAGCGGAGCGUCGUAUCAUUCGGGGAGCAUUCAUAGCCAGCUGGGUGACUCUUGGAACUCUACAGAUCUCGAGUGACUGGUCAUGGCGGUUGCCGAGCUUACUACAAGCCAUCUGCACCAUAGUCAUCAUUGCCGGCAUUUGGUGGAUGCCCGAGAGCCCGCGUUGGCUGAUGAACAAAGGACGACACGAAGAGGCUCUGGAGAUCCUGGUGAAGUAUCAUGCCGAGGGUGAUCACAAUGACGACUAUCGCUCUGGACAAGGAAAUUGGCCACACUGGCUGGGCAGACUUUUGAGGUCCAAGGGAAAUCGCAAGCGGAUCGCUUUGAUUACGGCUUUUGGUCUCUUCAGUCAAUGGAAUGGGAAUGGUCUUAUCUCUUACUACCUCAAAUAUGUCAUGGAUAGCGUCGGUAUCAAAGACGCGCAGACUCAGCUGGGUAUCAAUGCAGGCAUGAAAACCGAAGGCUUGGUCACCAAUUUUGUCUUUGCUUUUUUCAUCGACAUUCUCGGACGACGACCUGUUUAUCUGGUCUCGACAAUUGGUACAUUGGUCGUCUUCAACGCCUGGACCAUUGUAUCAGCGCGGUAUGAGAUUGCACCAAACAAAGCUCUCGGCUAUGCGUUUGUGUUCCUCACAUUCCUGUAUGGGGUCUUCUAUGAUAUCAAGUCCGGCCUUAUGGCGAAUUAUACAACGGAGAUCCUCCCUUACGGCCUCCGUGCCAAGGGCUUCACCUGGCUCAACUUUUGCGUUACCGCUGCUCUCUUCUUCAAUCAGUACAUCAAUGCCAUCGCCCUUGACGCCUUGGCUUGGAAGUACUACAUUGUGUACUGUGUGUUUUUGGGAUUCGAAGUGGUCGUGAUUUACUGCUUCCUCAUUGAAACCCGAUACACCGCUAUGGAGGAAAUUGCGAAGUACUUUGACGGCGAGGACACCGUAGAUGUCGGUCAAGUUGCCGCUGCAGACUUGAAGGAGAAGGCCAUAAUAGCAUCAGGCGACAAGGGUACGACCACCGUUCGCAUUGAAGGGAAAGAGUAG